GCAUUUUUGGCGUCACACGUGGCAUUUCUGUGAGUGUACCUGUGGUUAAGAUAUUCUCCGAACGCGGCAGCAAUUGACGAACAUUCGUCAUGGGCACGCUCGAGGUGUUCUCGCAUUCCUAUUGUGCAGGCAGGAAUUCGUGCGUUUUAGUGGAUGCGUGGCUGGAACUUUUCUUGAGUUUUUGCACUUUCUUAGUGGUGUGUGGUUUGCUGGUCGCUUCACGCGGUUGCUGGCUCUGUGGACGCAGACGAAUCCAUCGCGUAAUAACUAGAACGACUCGCAGAGUAGCGUGGCGCGUGCGUCGUCGUUUACGUAAAUGUGGUCUCCCAAUCGCUGGACGGACGUCGCCUUUGCCACUUGCAGUGAUCAAGAAAGACGCCACUGCUGCACAUAUUCACGGCCACAAGAACUCUCAGCAGCAAGGAGAAGCUUUCAUUUUGCAGACACAGCGAAUGCAUCGCAUGGAUUUCGCAGCACAAUCUUCACCACUCUCAGAAGAGCAAUCACAGCCACAGUUUCCUCCAAUGGUGUUCCCAGACGACCAUGACGAUGAGUUGUCUCCUGCCCCUCCUGAAGAUGAAAAGCGAGCUUUUGUUCGUGCCAGCACAGUGGCGUUGACGAAACGAGACCAAAGCAAACCCAUCUUCAUAACCAGACAACGCUCAAAAAGUGCUAUGGAUCCUCCCAAGUCGAACAUCAGCGCUAAAGUACGUGCUGUUUCCAUCUCCGUAGCCCGCAGUCCACGCCACAUCCUUGGUGUGAGGAUAAGUGGAAGUCGCACAGACUCAGCCGAUUCGUCCAUGUCCUCUGAGCGUUUACGUACAAACUCUUCCAAAAAGCGGUUCCAGAUUUUUAAAAAGCGAAUGCCUUCUCGAGCGCAUUCUCAAGCGCUUUUCAAUGGGCCAUCGUACGCGACGAAGAACGGAAUGGCCGGACUGUCACCAGAAGACCGAGCUGAAAAUGAACGAAGAGCGAGCAUGCAUUUGCGAGAUAAGAGACGUGUUAGUGUUGGUGCUAGCUCACAUGUGCAAUUCGAAGUCGGUGGCGAUCAAGCGUCAGUAUAUGAAGUCAAACUACGAGAAGUGAAUCUGGUAAAACGACUAGCUUCAGGUCCAUUGAGUGAGGUAUACGCAGCGAUCUGGCGAGAUACAAAAGUCGGCGUAAAGCUGCUCAUGCCUCGAGAAGGAGUGGUAGACAAUUUGGAGGAAGCAGUGAAGAACUUCAGACGCGAAAUUUGGGUCAUGCAUGCUCUGAAGCACCCAAAUAUCGUUAAAUUACUCGGUGCAAGUCUUACACACAGCUGCUACGUACUAGUGAUGGAGUACAUGCCUAAUGGUUCACUCUACGAUUAUUUACGUGAUGCAGCCAACUUCUUCCCUCACCAGCUCGUAGUGACCAGCGCAUUCGACAUCGCCUCUGGUAUGGCUCAUAUCCACGCUUGUGAUGUACUACAACGUGAUCUAAAAUCCAAGAACUGCUUGCUAUCUGAAAAUCUCGUCGUUAAAGUAUCCGACUUUGGUCUUGCGCGGUUCAGAAGUCUUCAAUAUGGUUCGUACACUUGGGUCGGCACGCCGUUCUGGGCCGCUCCAGAGGUUAUCCGUCACGAACCUUACGACGAAAAAGCAGACGUGUACUCGUACGGCAUCGUACUAUGGGAGCUCGUAGAACGUAAGGAUCCCUACGAUAAUCUCAAUGCUUUUCAAGUACCGCUCCAGGUGGCAAAUGAAGGACUUCGACCGGCAGAUUUCACUCGACCAGCGCCUCUCGGACUGGAACAACUGAUGCGUCAGUGCUGGGACGCCGAUCCAGAACAACGUCCUUCUUUCGCGGACAUUUCCCAAACUCUGAGCACAUGGUUACGCACUAAAAGCUGUGAAGGAGACGACUCUCGAGUGAAGAGUAUCGCUGAAACAGACGCCAGUGUCGACUUGUCUGCUCACAUCCAACGUGGCCAAAUUACAGCUACACAAGCGGAACUCCAUCGAUUCGCUGAGUCUCACGAUGCCAACGCCAAAGUCAUCCCGAUCACGCUCUCUUCUCUUCGGAAAGGACUCUCUACUUCUAGACUACAGCGAACCAGAUCCACUAAAAACGUCAUGACUGCAAGUGAGAUCGAGGAAUUACGGAUCAACUCUACCUUGGGAAUCCCCGGUCUCGAGGAAUUUGGAGGCUCGAACGGUAGAUUCGGCAGUAGUGGCUCCAUUCCCAACCGUAGAAGACUACCAGGCAUCAAUCCUGCGCAACUCGAAGUGAAACCAGGCAAACCUAACGAGCAGUAG